CAAGAAACAGACGUCAUGUUUUGAACGUGUAUUUUGUAAUAUUGUAACGCCUUGCUGGUGGCCUAAGGGGUCAUUUGACAAAUUUCGCUUGUGCCGUGCCAUCAUGUACACGGAGUGCAGACGCAUUUGUGGCUGCGUCCUACUUUUCCUGCUUUUUGGAAGCUGCAGUGCUCAGAUCGGACACAAAUGCACGUUCCUCAGCUGCCGCUUCGCCAGGCACGCUGCUUGCGAUAGCGACAAUGUGUGCCGCUGCAAGCCGGACUAUCCCGUGCAGGUGUCGCCGCUCAGGUGCGCCAAAGCAAGACGACAUCUGGAGGUGUGCUCUGACAACAAAGAAUGCACCGUGAUAGAUGUAAAUACAUACUGCUCUCGCACGUCAUCGCAGAGUCGUUGCGAGUGUCAUGAUGAUUUCAUUUAUAACGAGGAGACAAGACACUGCGAACAUUUGAAGCUUCCUCCUGUGGCGCCAGACAUUCUGCUGCCCAUGGCUGUUGGUGUUUCAGUAGCACUGUCCAGCAUGCUCUGCUGCUUCCUUGCCUUGUGGCGACUUUGUAAACGGGCCAACAAUAACUUCCUGGGCAGUUUACAAACCAGUAACAGUGCAAAUUCAAGAGCAACACGGGAGCACACGCCUGUCCGGACACAGGACUCGUGGAGUUCCGAUACGUUGCCUUCAUACGAAGCUGCCGUAUCGCUGAAGAGGCCAUCAUCGUCUCAAGAAGACCCUCCACCACCAUACUGCGAAGCUGUUACACUGCAACUACCCUUGUCUGAAACAAAAGUGUGACCACGGUGCUUCUACCAGCAAGUCUGGAUUCUUCCGAGUGUUGCUGUAUCACGCACAGGCUAGGCCGUAUUGGCCGUCAGGAACUCCUCGGCUGACGUAGACUAACAAGACAACACCGAAUGCUCACUGCCGGUCCGAGAGAGACUGCACCGAACCGCCGCCUGCCAUGGGUGUUUCUGUGUCUCGUCGACAGCUCACAAAAACUUGUGGCCAAUCAUUCCACUAGUACAAGUGGCACGGAACUUCGCAACAGUGUCGUCGGCAAAACGGGGAGAGAAACUUCUCUGGCUGAAGUGACUCGCGAGUUUCAACCUCUUUUCAUAUAAGCCAAUGGAGAGCCGAUGUUAUGCACAGGCAAGGAGUGACUAAUCAUGGUGUAGUCUGAAAGUGUAGUGGCCUUGCCAAGUUGUUUGUAUCGUACCAUCAGCUCUCUGUAGCAUGCACUUUCUGUUUCCGAGCAGCAAGAAUCUAAUGGUUAAGCUUCCCGGGUGUAUUUUGCGCAGCCUUGUUAGAACUGAUGUUAACCAAGAUGCUAGAUUGGAUUGUACGGGUCCAUUUUUAAUUCUGAGCCAAACUUCACAAUGUGGACUUCAAUGAGCCGGAUCGAAACUCAGAAGAAUUCCCUUUGAAAUGCAAAGUUACAAAUGUGAAAACGAGCAGUUGUUCUUUGCAGAGGCCUUGCUGGCAGCCUUUAACUUCGGAGAUGCGAAUUCGCCAUUAUUAGCAGUGCAUAUGCUUGCAGUAUAGUCAUGCUGUCGGGAGUUUUUAUAGUGUCAAAUCACUUGAUGCAUGUGUGUUUCAAGCAAAACAAGUUGUUGUAUCAAUCAUGUGCACUUUUUUCUUUAAGUUACCAUGCAAGACGUAAAGGAACUUGUAUUGCAUGUGAUCUAUUAACUGAAGAUAAUUUAUAUAAAAGCAAGCAUGUUAGCACAAACUGCAGUUAGUUUGUAAAUUAUGGAGCAGAUAUGUUACAAUCAAAGGAGAUGAAAACCAGGCAAGACCUCAUGUGGCCAUGCAACUUAACUGCUGAUCACUUAGAUGAAAGAAUCUCUGAAAAGAAAACCUACGACAUCCAGCUUGCUCCAUCAGAGCGAAAAAAUAAGGGAACUGAGGAUGUGACUGCGUUUUCAGUGUUCAGAGUGACUGCACAAUCCAAGUAAAAGGGGCCGAACAUGUCCUCUAGCCCCUUUUGUCUCCUCCUGUUUACUACUACUACUACUCAGACAGUGCUGCUUUCAGCAUGCAAAUAUCCGAUUUUUAGUCUUAAUGCCACAGGUUUGCAUCAAAGAAGCGUUGCUGGACUGUCUUUGUUUGCAAUUACUGAGCACACGCUUUUGUGCAACUGUCAUAGGCUCAGUCGCCUUAGUGCACUCAACUACACUAAUGCGAACAGGGUGGGGGGGGGAUUAUAAAGAUGGGGCCACAUGGCUGCAAAGGGACCAUUGGAGCUUGCAAAACAGUAUGCAGUUCUCUCUAAUGACUAGUUGCUAUAUCGGCCGGCCUUUGACUGAAGCAAGGCAGCAUUUUGUUUACUAAGUAAGCAUGCCACACCAUCUGGUCGAAUGCAGAUAUGCCAUGUUCCUCUUUGCUUGCUUGCUAAGCAAAGUCACCGCAACACACUCAUCAUUGCAGAAAAUGUAUUUAUUGUAAUGUUUUUUUUGUAGCGCUAUAUUAGUAGCAACAUGAGAGUGAAUUUUUUAUCAGAAAUGUGUGUGUGUGUGUUUGUGUGUGUGUACAUGUGUGUAUAAUAUACUUUUAGCAAACAUUCUUGUAUCAGUGAUCAACAGAGCAUGAACAGAUAUGUGAAGAGUAGUUUAUAGCUUCACUUUCCUAGACACAUUCUAUGACAUUCCAUUUUGCUGUCAGGCAAAAGAUAUGCAAGGGGGCAGUCUUAUUCAAGCACAGUUGGUUAGACGGAACAGCUACAUUCUACGAACAUGUGAAUUUCAUUUUUGGGCAUUUUUAGGCCAGUACAUCUGUUGACGAUUCCUGUUAAUGCCGGCUUAAUAUAUAUGCAGUCAAGUGUAGCAUUGUAGCAGUCCAUUUUAGAUAACACCCACGCAAAGCAACAGCUAGAGCAUCAUGCGCUGUUAUUGCUUCACUGUAAGAGCGCUGGGUCUGUACAAAGACAGGUCUCGAGUUAGGGUACGAAGCACGUAUUUUAGAUUCACUACCCAUUCCAGCAUACAUGACAAAGAACAUUGUUUGGUUUUUUUACAAGCAGCAAGCUAAAUCUAAACUAAAGUUGGACUUUUUUUCUUCGCACGUAAAGUUUAAUGCCAAAUAUAUAUAUCUACUUCUACAAGUCCGCUUUCUGUAACUGUCAAUUUACUAUUGGCCUAUACCAGGCUAGGGCGGAGACUCGUCCUUGUUGGAAAUCUAUGACGGCAGUUUUUGUCUCCUCGGACUGUCAGUCUGUUGUCUGUACAAGGCAGCAAAACGUGAAAAUUAAACAGCUUAGUUAUAGCAAAGGUACUUUGGAAUUCCAUAGAAUUCUAGACUCUCUUGACAUUACACUUCCUCUUUGUUAGUUUCAUUUUCUGUAUGAAAAUAAUUGAGUGCACAUUACUGUAUUGGGUACUCUGCAUUUGCUCAAGGUCUUCGCACCUUAUCGAAUUCAUUCAGUAUGACUUCCAACGCUGUUGUUUGCUCAAGGUAUGUCGGUGCUAUUCACACGGCAUACUGGCCUCUGAUAUAUGCCGAGUAAGCGUGCGUCGCAGGCUAGCUUGUGAACAGCGUGGUUUACAAUGAUCUUUGCUGACUUACAAUGACCGGUGUUUUCAACCUUUUUUUAAUCGUGAGGCUUUAAUGUGCAGAUAGUGCCUGUACUCGUGCCUACAUUUUUUAGACCAUCUUUUCGAGGGCUGUAAAUGCACAAGAAAAAUUUCGUAGCAUUUCUUUUAUGCAACGUGGCACUCUACACCAAACGGUUUGUAUUCUGCAAAUCCUUGAGAUCGAUUUUACAUGUCUUCAGCACAAUACACGCAUACCGAUUGCUGUAGCUACUAUUUUUCAGAUAUGUGACGCAUGCGUCUCGUCAAAUCCUGGUGCAGACAGACCUUCAAGACUUCCUGUAACUGUGUGUAACGCAAUACAUAUUCUGACCCUGUUUAUUUUUACAAAGUGGUUCUUUACACCAUGUAUUUUAUGGAACAUUGUUGCUUAAGAGUGCCUGUGCUUGUGUCCACAUCACUGACAACUUGCUGCAAUAGCAAUCCAAUUGUUGCACUGUAUUCUGAAUGUCCAAUUUAAUAAGAUCUCAGUUGUUUUUUACUGACAGUAGUGCAUAUUGCUAGGCUUGUGUUAAUGGUCGAGCACUUUGAAUAUCAAAAUUUAUUUCAACACAAAUUUCAAAUUUCUAACAUUUUGAAUUAUUUGGAUAGGCAAAUCAGUGUAGCAUGCCACUUAUAACUGCGGCAUGAAUCAUCAGUGCAUGGCACCGCCUAAUUAGGGGAAAUCCACAAUGCUACGAGCUUACACUUCCAGGGUUUAGAUGUGCCUAUCACAUGCACCCGAAUCAUUUUCGUUAUUAAAGCUUAGAGGGGUACUGGCACCUAUUCUUGAAGCCGAUUUUACUCUGGCGUACAGAUCUCCUAUGCACAGAUGCAGGUCUUUUCUCUGCAUACCGAACCUGUUGCGCUGUCAAUUAUUCUACGGUGAACAUCCACCAGCUUGUCCAACUCGCGAUUCUGCUACAGCAAGUGUGAAUAAUUUAUAUUGACCUUAAGGUCAAUUUUCGCAUGGCACACCUGCUGACAUUGACACUAGUGUGAUGUUAGGCGAAAGUAUAAAUACUGGUGACCUCACACAUCGUUAUGGCUAGUUGUGAUGAUGUCGGCUACCAAAACGUACAAAUUAGCCACUUGUGCGUCACCUAAAGAGUGUACCUGCCAUGCAAAUGUCACGACAUGUUGCUCAAGCACGCGAUGAAAAGCUUGUACUGCGUGGCGACAUCAAGACACAGUGGAAACUGAAACUAGCUUUUAAAACAUGUAAUUAAAUUUUCUGGGUGUUUUCACAUAUACCAGUUGAUGCUCGUAUGGGCUUGGCCUUUCAUUUGAUGCAAACAUCUGAAAACUUUCGUGUCAGUACCUCUCUUUAAAAUAAUCUCGCACAAGCAUAUGUGCCAAAUUUUAUAGCUUAAUUUUAUUACUUACAACUUGCACCAUACCGCAAUUCAAAUUCCAUUACUAUUCGAACUUGCUUCUAAAAUUAUUGGGUACUAAUUUCCAUUUGUUUCACUUAGCUUAAAACCAGCUACUGUAAGUCAUAUAGUCAUAUUUGCACAAGCCUACAUAUUGUAUUAAAGCAAUAAAAGGACCUCAAUGCACACUAAAAACCGGUGAUGCCAUGCUUUGCCAGAGCAGAAAUGGCAUCUGGCUUUCAUUAAAUUUUUAAAUGAAUUUGUGGUUUUUGUGUACAUGCGUGUGCACGCUACUUACUGUAAGAGUGCCAAGCUUUUGUACGCUGAUAAGGCAGUCUAGCUCAUGUUGUGUACUGUUCGAUAAUAUAUAGGACUGCGCUGAAUGUCAUGUGUGGUGUUAUUUGUGGCCAAUAGACUGCUGAUCUGUGUAGAAAAGUGCACGCGCCAUGUAGAUUUUUUGUUGUCACACCCGUUGAAGAACAAUUAAGCACUUUCAUUGCCGAGUAUUGUAUUUUUAUUUUUUGUAAAUACUGCAUACUUUGGCCAAAGAAUAAUAAAACUUGCAACAAAUUUUA